UACCUUAUAAAUAGCAGAGGCCGGCUGCCGGCUGCUGUAGUAUACUGCCAGGCUAGGCUGUGUACCGGAAGUGCCAGUGCUCAGUAUGGGCUCCCGGGCGUCUACUCUGCUGCGGGACGAGGAGAUAGAGGAGAUCAAGAAGGAGACCGGCUUCUCUCACAGCCAAAUAACACGUUUGUACAGUCGAUUUACCAGCCUUGAUAAGGGGGAGAAUGGAACAUUAAGCCGAGAAGAUUUCCAGCGAAUACCUGAACUAGCCAUUAACCCUUUGGGAGACCGAAUUAUAAAUGCGUUUUUCAUUGAAGGGGAGGACCAAGUUAAUUUCCGUGGCUUCAUGAGGACUCUGGCUCAUUUCAGGCCUAUUGAAGAUAAUGAGAAGACCAAAGAUGCCAGCAGCUCGGAGCCCCUGAACAGUAGAAGCAAUAAACUCUUGUUUGCUUUUCGGCUGUAUGACCUGGACAAAGAUGACAAAAUCUCCCGGGAUGAGCUCCUGCAGGUCCUGCGAAUGAUGGUGGGAGUGAACAUAUCAGAUGAGCAACUGGGAAGCAUUGCUGACCGCACUAUCCAGGAGGCAGACCAGAAUGGAGACUGUGCAAUAUCCUUCACUGAAUUUGUCAAUGUUCUGGAAAAGGUUGACGUGGAGCAAAAAAUGAGCAUCAGGUUCCUGCAUUAACCUAUGUGACUUCCCAGCAAAUCUAGCAGUAGAACAUAGAACCGUGCUUCAAGGCUGAAGAUGUUACCUCCUAAGAACACUGAGGCUCACCUUAAAGAGAAUCACAAUGUAAUUGGGAACAAAGUACUGCCCCUAUGCUAUGGACCCUUGUUUCCUGCCCAAUGAUUGGUUGCUGUAACUCUGCUAGUGGUACUACUGGCACUUCUCUCCUCACACUAUUAAUUGCUCCGUGCUCAUAGUAACAGCUGCAGGGCCUAAUGCUAUAAGCUGUUCUGCAGCCACGUCUGUGAAUCAGUUUUGUUUGCCACUACAAAACAUUUGAACCAUAUUUAACGUGUUGUAAAUAAAUGCACCAUUUUAUGAUUUAAA